UGGGCCGGGAAGCGAUGUAGGAGCCGCCAGGCCGUCCCCUGCUUCGCCCGGCCCGAGCCCCGCGGGCCGCCGCCGCCGCCGCCAUGAAGAAGCAGUUCAACCGCAUGAAGCAGCUGGCCAACCAGACCGUGGGCAGAGCCGAGAAAACAGAAGUCCUCAGUGAAGAUCUAUUACAGAUCGAGCGGCGCCUGGACACAGUGCGGUCAAUGUGCCACCAUUCCCAUAAGCGCCUGAUGGCGUGCUUCCAGGGCCAGCAUGGCACCGACGUCGAGAGGAGACAUAAAAAACUCCCUUUGACGGCUCUUGCUCAGAAUAUGCAAGAAGCAUCAGCUCAGCUGGAAGACUCUCUCCUGGGGAAGAUGCUGGAGACGUGUGGGGAUGCUGCGAAUCAGCUGGCCCUGGAGCUCUCUCAGCACGAAGUCUUUGUGGAGAAAGAGAUCGUGGACCCGCUCUAUGGCAUAGCAGAGGUGGAGAUUCCCAACAUCCAGAAGCAGAGGAAACAGCUCGCCAAGUUGGUGCUAGACUGGGAUUCGGUCAGAGCCAGGUGGAACCAAGCUCACAAAUCUUCAGGAACCAACUUUCAGGGGCUUCCAUCGAAAAUAGAUACACUCAAGGAAGAAAUGGAUGAAGCUGGAAAUAAAGUAGAGCAGUGCAAGGAUCAGCUUGCAGCAGACAUGUACAGCUUCAUGGCCAGAGAGGGGGAGUACGGCAAGUUCUUUGUCACGUUAUUAGAAGCCCAAGCAGAUUACCAUAGAAAAGCAUUAGCAGUCUUAGAAAAGGCCCUUCCCGAAAUGCGAGCCCAUCAAGAUAAGUGGGCGGAAAAGCCCGCCUUCGGGACUCCCCUGGAGGAACACCUGAAGCGCAGCGGGCGCGAGAUCGCGCUGCCCAUCGAAGCCUGCGUCAUGCUGCUCCUGGAGACGGGCAUGAAGGAGGAGGGCCUUUUCCGAAUUGGGGCUGGGGCCUCCAAGUUAAAGAAACUGAAAGCUGCUUUAGACUGUUCGACUUCUCACCUGGAUGAAUUCUAUUCGGACCCCCAUGCUGUAGCAGGUGCUUUGAAGUCCUAUUUGCGCGAAUUGCCGGAACCUUUGAUGACUUUUAAUCUGUAUGAAGAGUGGACGCAAGUUGCAAGCGUGCAGGAUCAAGACAAAAAGCUUCAAGAUUUGUGGAGAACGUGUCAGAAGUUACCACCACAAAAUUUUGUCAACUUUAGGUAUUUAAUCAAGUUCCUUGCAAAGCUUGCUCAGACCAGUGACGUUAAUAAAAUGACUCCCAGCAACAUCGCCAUCGUGUUAGGCCCCAACUUGUUAUGGGCCAAGAAUGAAGGGACGCUCGCCGAAAUGGCAGCGGCCACAUCCGUGCACGUGGUCGCGGUGAUCGAGCCCAUCAUUCAGCACGCCGACUGGUUCUUCCCUGAAGAGGUGGAGUUUAAUGUAUCAGAAGCAUUCGUACCUCUUGCCACCCCGAAUUCUAAUCAUCACUCAUCCCACACUGGAAACGACUCUGACUCAGGGACCCUGGAAAGGAAGCGGCCUGCCAGCAUGGCGGUGAUGGAAGGAGACUUGGUGAAGAAGGAAAGCUUUGGUGUGAAGCUUAUGGACUUCCAGGCCCACCGGCGGGGUGGCACUCUAAAUAGAAAGCACAUGUCCCCCGCUUUCCAGCCGCCACUCCCACCCACAGAUGGCAGCACCUUGGCUCCAGCGGGCCCAGAGCCCCCUCCCCAGGGCUCUAGGGCUGAAAGCAGCUCAGGGGGUGGGGCUGUCCCCUCCUCUGCGGGCACAUUGGAGCAGGGGCUGAGCCCGGGCGACAGCAGUCCUCCCAAACCCAAGGACCCUGCACCUGCAGCUGUGCCUGCACCAGCGAGAAACAGCGGCCCGAUGACCACUGGCCAGAGCCAGGCCCAGGCAGCUGCCGGCUCCCACCAGCUCUCGGUGGGCCCCGCGCACAGUGCGGCGGGCCCCAGCCCUCACACGCUGCGCCGAGCUGUUAAAAAGCCAGCUCCAGCACCCCCGAAGCCAGGAAACCCACCCCCUGGCCAUUCCGGGGGCCAGAGUUCUCCAGGAACAUCUCAGCUUCCACCUAGCCUGUCCCCAAAGCCGUCCACCCGGAGUCCUUCUCCUCCCCCCCAGCACGCAGGCCAGGCUCCGGGCCAGCCCUCGGCCGCCGCCCAGCUCUCGGCACCCCGGAGGUACUCCAGCAGCCUGUCUCCGAUCCAAGCUCCCAGUCACCCGCCGCCGCAGCCUCCGACGCAGGCCUCGCCGCUGGCGCACAGCAAGCCUGGUGGCCAGGGCCCUCCCAACCCCGUGGCGUUGCCCAGUGAGCAUGGACUUGAGCAGCCGCCUCACACCCCGCCCCAGACACCAACGCCCCCCAGUACCCCGCCCCUGGCAAAACAGAAUCCCAGCCUGCCGGCGUCUCAGACCCCGGCGGUGAGUCACCUUGAGACUGCACAGCCACACACUGGCACCCUGCCGAGACCGAGGCCGGUGCCAAAGCCGAGGAACCGGCCCAGCAUGCCCCCGCCCCCUCACCCUCCCGGCCCCCACCCAGCCGGCGAAGGCGGCCUCAGCCACGCAGCACCGACAGCUUCCAGAGUAGUCACCGACGCCAAUUCUAGGGUUUCAGAACCGCUUCGCAGCAUCUUCCCUGAAGUGCACCCGGACUCGGCCAGCAAGGAGCUGCCGGGCCACAUCCUGCUGGACAUAGACAACGAGACGGAAAGCACGGCCCUGUGAAGACGCCAGCCCCGGCAGCAGGCCAGACAGCGAACAGCUUUCAGUGACGGGAAAGAGCGGCCCCCACCGCGGACCUUGGCCCCAGGAGACCGUGGGGGCUGACACUUAAAGCUGAAUGACCUGUGUCUUGAAGAAAUUGUCUUCCUUUACAUGAUAAAGAAAUAAUGCCAAAAAUAAAAAUAAAAAUCAGAAACCGAGAGGUAGCUAGCUAGAGCGCCGAGACGUGUCUAGGAAGCUUGCUAAGGCAGGCAGCACCAUCAGCCAUGUGGAAUGAAUGAGAAGCAAUGCGUUAACUAUCUAUUUAAUAAAGUGCAUUAAUUCUGCAAGGUGCCUACUUCCUGCUCGUCGCACUUUGAUCCCGCUGUGCUAGCUAGGAAGGAGGUUCCCCCUCCAGACUUGCUGCAGAACCGUUUUGUAUUCAGGAUGGUCUGUGUCUGCCCCAGUCCCCUCCAGACCCUGAGCAUUGAUGGUGACUGCUGGAUCUGUCACCCCAACAAACUGGAUGCGACUUGUGCCUUGUUGGAUCGCCAGAAUGUAGAAAGAAAUGUACUGUUUUCUCUCUCUUUUUUUUUUUAAACAAUGUAAUUGCUACUUGAUAAGGACCGAACAAUAUUCAAGUUUCAUGUUUAAUUUGAAUUAAAUAUAUUCUGUGGUUUAUA